AUGGCGACCAACGGCAACGGCGUUCAGGACCCCACCAUUGGCGCAGGCGCCCAGGCGGUGACGGAUCCCACAGACUUCAAGGGCAAGGGCAAGGCCCCUGCGGCCGAGGACGACGACAUGAAGGACGUCCACGACGAGGACGAGGACGAAGAUGAUGACGAGGAUGACGAUGAGGAGGAGGAGGAGGCUGCUGACGUCAUCGACCUUGACAACGUGAUCGGUCGCCGCACGCGCGGUGUGGUCAUUGACUAUGCCAAGGCUGCAGCAGAGAACCCGGUCGAGGAGGACGAGGACGAAGAGGACGACGGCGACUUUGAGGAGCCGGACGACAUGGACGAGGACUAA